AUGACAUCCAUCGACGAACUACAAGGCAAACUCGCCUUGAUCACGGGAGCAUCUGGCGGGAUCGGCAAAGCUUGUGCCGAUGUUCUAUAUCGCCAGGGUGUGCACCUUACUCUUACCUAUUCGUCAUCGAAAGGUGAUGCCGACCGCCUCGUCGAUGAGCUAAGUAAGAUUGAGCUACCAGAGCGAUUCGGCCGGCCAAAGGUCUCUACUCAUCAAGUCGACAUGGUUUCUCCUGAGCAAAUUGACCGAGUUUUUGACCAUAUCAAGAUUAAGCAUGGACAAUUUCCUGAUAUUCUCGUCUCGAAUGCCGGUCAUGGGAAACGCAUCCCGAAUCUUGAAGAUAUCAGUCUCGAUGAAUGGGAGUAUACAAUUCGCGUGAACUUGACAGCAUCAUUCAUAUUAUGUAAACUAGCUAUACCACGCAUGAAGGAGAAAGGCUGGGGGCGAAUCAUUUUGAUGGGAAGCAUUGCAGGCUACGGAGGAGGAAUCAACGGCUGUCACUAUGCAGCAUCCAAAGCGGGAUUGAUGGGUAUGGUGAAGAAUCUGGCUCUCAAACACGCGCAAGACGGAAUCACCAUCAACGAUAUUGCCCCUGCGAUGAUUGGGGGCACACGUAUGAUUCCAGAUGCUCAAUUUGUCGAGGGCACACCAGGUGAUGUACGGAAUAUACCUGUUGGGCGACUCGGUAGGCCGGAAGAGGUCGCGAAUGUAGUCAUAAUGCUGUGCAAGACUGGGUAUAUGACAGGCCAGAGCAUACUGCUUAGCGGAGGACUAAAAUAG